AUGGAUCCUCUUGAGAUUAUAACUCCACGGAAAAAAGCAAGAGCAAGACGAGCAUUGAUUUUGAAAGAAAAUCGUUCCAAGCGUCCGAAAUAUUCUACUCAACUACCAAUUGAUUUUGACACAGACCAUAGUUCUCCAACAUCAUUCACACUAAGACAACCUUUCUCCGACUUGACUCCGUCAUUUCAAAACACGAAUUUAAAUUCACAACCUCCCACCGAAACUUCAAAACCUAGCCUAUCAAGACAUGCUUUUAAAAGAAAUAGAAAGUGCAGCCAGAUAGACUCGCUAGGAAGAAAUUUAUUGUCCAAGUUUUCGUCAAAGUCUACAGUUGAAUCAACUGGAGGGAUUAAUCAAUCAACCUUGGAAAAUAUAAAAGAGCAAGCGCCUUUUAAUCAUAGCAUCAUUAGUGAAGUUGGAAGUUCUUCUAAUACACCGACAUCAUUGGCAAUUAAUAAAACUGGUGGAGGCAGGCCUAAAACAAAGUUGGGAGUUCCCAGUCUAGCUUUAAACUUGACCAGAAAGUUUCCUAUCGUUCCCCAAAAAAAUGGGAUUCCCUCUUCUAAAGUGACACCCGAAUCGAGCUCACGGAUAAGUAAAAGGGUGCAAAUUGAGACUAUUCAGCACCGUAAUUCUGGAGUGAACUCCACACUAACUCAGAGAGCAGGCCUGGAUACACAUACACUACAAACUGAUCCUUCAACACAGUCGUGCAAUACAAACUGUCCGUCUUCAACCGUAACUCAUGAACAGCCAACCGUAAAAAUUCCAGUUAGAGGCAGGCCCAGAAAACAAUUGGGAGUUCCGAACCUGGCGUUCAACUUGAGCAGACAGUUUCCGGUCCAGAUUAACGAACAUCAAACAGGGCAGUCCAAAGGCACACCCGAAUCAACCUCACAAAGCAGGAGACAAGACACACGUUCUGCCCAUAAUAUGGAUACCCCUCAAGCAAAUGCCCAACCUUGCUGUGGUGUGCCUACACCAUUCUCUCAGUCCACACAUAAACCCAACCAUCUUCCUGAGCCUUCAUGUCCUAUUUUCACGCCUACUGUCAAUUUGGAUUUUAACAGUGACUCCGAAGAUGAUAGCGAAGACUACGACCCAUUCGCAGCUUAUUAUUCCGAAGAUGAAAUAUUUGACGAAAUUGAAGAGAAUUCACCACCUUUUACAAUUAAUGACAAUUCUGCCGGAACUUCUGAAGAUUAUUACGACAUCGGUUCCCCUCUAAUUGAAUGCCGGUAUUGUAAAGCAAUGAUGUGGUAUCAGGAGAGGAUGCACAAAAGUUCUCAUGCAGCUAAUCCGAAGUUUAUGCUCUGUUGUGGAAAUGGGAAAGUUGAACUUCCAUUGCUAGAAGAACCUCCAGAUAUACUUGCCAAGCUUUUAUUUGAUCAUGAUAACUUAGACAGCAGGAAGUUCCAACAACAAAUCCGAGUUUACAAUAUGAUGUUCGCCUUCACAUCACCCGGAGCUAAGUUGGACAACCGUUUUAACAAUGGACGUGGGCCUCCAACACUUAGGGUACAAGGUAAAACGUGCCAUCGGAUUGGGAGUUUGUUACCUCCUGAAGGUCAAAUGCCUAAGUUUGCUCAAUUAUAUAUUUACGACAUCGAGAAUGAGGUCCAAAAUAGAAUGCACGGACUAAGGAACAAAGAAGACUUUGAUGAAGGAAUUGUACAUCAAUUGUCUGAGAUGUUGUACCAGUGCAAUCCUCAUGCAAAGAGUUUUCAAAUGGCAAGGCAAUGGUUAAAUAAUGGGGAUACGCAAAACUUGAAGUUGAGGCUGAUUUCGGAGAGAUCCAGAGAUGGCAGAGUAUACAAUCAACCAACCGUUUCUGAAGUUGCUGCUUUGGUAGUUGGUGAUAUUGACACGGCUGAGAUGAGGGAUAUUAUUAUGCAAACAAAAGGAGGAAGACUUAAGAGAAUCAAUGAGCUUCAUGCCAGUUACAUGGCAUUUCAAUAUCCUUUGAUAUUUCCGUAUGGUGAGGACGGUUAUAGGCCUGAUGUAGCUCAUAGAGACUUGCCGAUUUACGAAAAUAGCGUAAGAAAUAGGCUUACAAUUAGAGAAUGGCUUGCAUUUCGCAUUCAGAACAGGAAGAAUGAAGCGAAGACUUUAUUGUCCUCACGAAGUAAAGUUGGGUUUCCUGAUUUGUUCAUUACAUUUACCUGCAAUCCUAACUGGCCUGAGAUUCAAAGAGUACUUGGUCCACUUCAUUUGAAACCACAAGAUCGACCGGACAUCAUUUCAAGAAUAUUCAAAAUCAAGUUUGAUCAAUUGCUAUCCGAUUUAACCAAGAAAGGUGUACUAGGAAAAGUUCUUGCUUAUAUGUACACCAUUGAAUUUCAAAAGAGAGGAUUGCCACAUGCCCAUAUAUUGAUCUUUCUGCAUCCUUCAAACAAAUAUCCAAGACCCGAGGACAUUGACAAGAUCAUUAGUGCGGAAGUGCCCGAUCCCUUGACACACCCGCGAUUGUACAAUUUGGUCAAAAACCAUAUGAUGCAUGGUCCUUGUGGCUUGGCAAAUGUUCACUCACCUUGCAUGAAAGAUAGUAAAUGCUCCAAGUUUUACCCCAAGAAAUUUCAACCUGCAACUAUAGUCGACCAAGAUGGUUAUCCUGUUUAUAGGAGAAGAAAUAACGGACACACAAUAGAGAAAAACAGUGUAAUCUUUCAUAGUGGUCAUGUUGUUCCUCACAACCCAAGUUUGUUGUUGAAGUACGAAGCCCACAUCAACAUGGAAUGGUGCAAUCAAAGUACUUCCAUCAAAUACCUUUUCAAAUACAUAAACAAAGGUUCUGAUCGAAUUUCUACUGUCAUACAAGGUGAAGACAAAGACAACGUUGACGAGAUCAAGCAAUAUUUGGAUUGUCGUUACAUCUCUCCAAGUGAGGCAUGUUGGAGGAUAUUUUCUUAUUCUAUACAUGGGAGAAAGCCAUCCGUAGAGAGAUUGUAUUUUCACAUGGAAGGUGAAAACUCCGUGUUCUACAAAGACUACGAGCAAGUUGGUGAUGUUUUACUCAAACCAAGUGUAACCGAGUCAAUGUUUACUUCUUGGUUUGAGGCCAACAAAACUUACGAAGAUGCUAGAUUACUAACUUAUGGUGAUUUUGUUUCUAAGUUUGUUUACCAUAAACGAAGUCGAAGUUGGAAACCAAGGAAGCGCGGGUAUACAAUUGGUCGGCUUAUUUGGGUCCCCCAAAGCACAGGUGAAUUGUUUUAUUUAAGGAUGAUGCUCACGGUAAAAAAAGGCCCUUUGUGUUAUGGAGACAUCAAGACUGUGGAUGGUAAAAAACAUAAAACUUUUAGAGGAGCAUGCUUUGCGAUGGGAUUUCUACAAGAUGAUAGAGAAUUUGUUGAGGCAAUAAAAGAGGCACAUGUUUGGGGUUCCGAAGUCUUUUUACGGAAAUUAUUUGUUACGAUGUUGUUAUCCUCAUCCAUGAAUAGACCAGAACAUGUGUGGAGGAAGACUUGGAUGUAUUUAUCGGAUGGAAUUCUUUACGAACAACGAUUAUUGGCUGGAGAUCAAGGUUUGACACUAACCGAUGGGGAGCUAAAGGAAUUGACGUUAAUGGCUAUUGAAUCAUUGUUGCAAAACAAUAAUAAAAGUUUGAAGGACUUCAAACCAAUGCCAUAUCCAAAAGACUAUGUUGUUUCCUUUAUAGGAAAUAGACUUCUUUAUGAGGAGCGUCAAUACAAUGUUGUCGAACAACAACAACUAUUUGCUAAUUUGUACUCUUCUCUUACAGACGAACAAAGAGCAAUUUUUGAGGAAAUUAUGGAUUGUGUAGAAAAGCAACAAGGUGGGGUUUUUUUCUUAUAUGGCUACGGUGGAACCGGUAAGACCUUUAUGUGGAACACUUUAUCAGCUGCACUUAGGUCUAAGAAAAAAAUUGUCUUGCGGGUUGCUUCGAGUGGGAUUGCAAGUUUGUUGUUACCAGGUGGAAGAACAGCUCAUUCUAGGUUUAAGAUUCCUGUCCCUACUUUAGAAACUUCUAUAUGCAACAUAAACAAAAAAGAUCAUCUUGCUGAGCUUCUAAAGAUGACAGAUCUAAUCAUAUGGGAUGAAGCUCCUAUGGCUAACAAAUUUUGCUUUGAGUCGCUUGAUAAAUCCUUGAAAGAUAUCAUGAGUGGAAGUACACAUGCAUGUGACAAUAUAUUUGGAGGUAAGGUUGUUGUGUUUGGUGGUGACUUCAGACAAAUUCUCCCCGUUAUACCAAGAGGUACUAGAUCUGAUAUUAUCCAUGCAACAAUCAAUUCUUCUUAUAUUUGGGAUCACUGUAAAGUGUUGAAGCUUACAAAAAACAUGCGGUUGCAAACUGGUGCAACUACUUCUACUACUAAUGAUAUCAGGAGCUUUUCAGAGUGGAUUUUGAAAAUUGGAGAUGGGACCAUGUGUGAGCCUAAUGAUGGUUAUGCAAGUAUUUGUAUUCCAGAAGAGUUUUUAAUUUCAGACUUCUCCGAUCCCAUUAAGGCAAUUGUUGAGGAUACAUACCCAGAUCUCAUUCAUAACUAUCUUGAUUCAAACUAUCUCCAAAGUCGUGCAAUUUUAGCUUCAACAAUUGAGGUGGUAGAUGAUAUCAACCAAUAUAUUACAAACCUUCUUCCAGGAGAAGAGAAAGAAUACUUCAGUAGUGAUUCAAUAGAUAAAUCUGAUUCAACUAACUUUGAUGCAUAUGAGCAUGUCACACCGGAGUUCCUAAAUGCUCUUAAAACUUCAGGAUUACCUAAUCAUUCCGUCAAGGUUAAAGUUGGUGCCACCAUUAUGUUAAUGCGCAAUCUUGAUCAGUCUGAAGGCUUGUGCAAUGGUACACGACUCACUGUAACCAGGCUUGCCUCUCAUGUCAUUGAAGCUAAGAUAAUUUCUGGAAAAAAUAUUGGUAACCUCAUCUAUAUUCCUAAAAUGUCUUUGUCCCCCUCACAAUCACCAUGGCCAUUUAAAUUGGUGAGACGUCAAUUCCCUAUUAUUGUUUCCUUUGCUAUGACAAUUAACAAGUCUCAGGGGCAAUCUCUAGACAACGUGGGUUUGUAUUUGCCAAAAGAUGUUUUUAGUCAUGGUCAAUUAUAUGUGGCUAUCUCUCGAGUUAAAUCCAAAAAGGGAUUAAAGAUUCUUAUUCAUGACAAAGGAAGAGAACCAAUGACUAUCACCACUAAUGUUGUGUUCAAAGAAGUGUUCCAAAACAUAUGA